ACCAUUGCCAAACGCUUGACGCAAUCAAAACAAACAAUCCCGCACUACUACCUGACAGUUGACGUUCAGAUUGAUGAACUCAUGAAACUUCGCUCCGAUUUGAAUGAUUCCAUCGCGAAACUGUCGAAGGGUAAGGAGGAGAAACCGGCCAAGAUCAGUGUCAACGACAUAUUCAUUAAGGCUAUGGCCCACGCCAGUCUGUGUGUUCCUGAGUGCAAUUCAGCCUGGCACGGCGAUUUCAUCAGACAGUACAACUCUGUUGAUGUGUGCGUGGCUGUUGCGACACCAGACGGUCUUAUCACUCCCAUCAUCUUUGGCGCUGAAAAGAAGGGCAUCUUUACAAUCAGCCAGGAAGUGAAAAGCUUGGCUGCCCGAGCCAAAGCCAACAAACUCCGUCCCGAAGAAUUCCAGGGUGGCUCCAUCACAAUUUCCAACCUGGGCAUGUUUGGAAUUUCGUCCUUCAGUGCUAUCAUCAAUCCGCCACAGGCCUGCAUUCUUUCCAUCGGUGGAGCCAGAAAGUGUCUUGUCCCUGACGAGCACUCUCAUGAUGGCUAUCGGUCCGCGACGAUGGUGUCCGUUACCCUCGGCUGUGAUCACCGGGUUGUCGACGGAGCUGUUGGUGCCCAGUGGCUAGCUGAGUUCAAGUCCAUGAUAGAGUGUCCGGCCCGCAUGUUGAUGUAA